AUGGAUCCUAAUGCCUAAAUCAAUGAGAGGUACACAAAAUUAUAGGAAAAAUUGGGGGCUCUUUAAUUCGAAGUUGAUAACACAAAGGAUGCAAAAAUUGAUGAAAUUUAUGACAGAAUCAAUUAAGCUAAAAGUGAAUUGAAGGAUAUUAUCAAUAAUUACAGUGAAUAACUUGGAUAACUGACAGGUUAAUUCCAAGAUCUAACAAAAUAAUUUGAAAAACAAAAUGAAAAAUAUAGUUCCUCACAUGAACAAAAGUUAAAAGAAAUCAAGAAUUUAGAGAGCAAACUAUAGAAAAAGCUGGAUGACGAUACUAAAGCUAAUAGAGAACAAAGCGAAUAAGUAUUGUCUGGCUACGAUUAAUAAGUUUAAGAAUUACUUUAAUAGAUAGGGUAGGAAAUUAAAGUGAGAAACUAAUAAGUAAAUAUCAUAAAUACAACUUUACAAAAUGAUUUACCUACAUUGUGGUAAUAUAAUGUUUAAGAAAAUUAAGAAAGAGUUCAAGAAGAUCAAUCUAUUGUGAAAAAAGCAAGUUAAGAAAUUUCCAAAUUGUUUGAUUAAGCUAAUCAAGGUAAAUCGCAAAGAGAAGAUGCAGAAGUUGGUAUAUUCAACAUGCUCAAAGAAGUUGUUAUCAGAGUCAAAAGCGAAUUAGAAGAAGAAAGAUAAGUAAGGAUGGAUGGACAUGAAGCAUUAUUAUCAAUCUUAGAAGAAGCUUAUGAGAAAAUGGAAGAGACACAUGCCAAAGUAUAAAAAUAGAAGGCUGCCCUUUAAGAAUCAAAAUGAUAUAUAAUAAUCAGUUUAUUUU